CCAGAUAAACUUAAUGUGCACAAGAAUGAUGCAGAAAGUUGGGAUUAUACUGUAUCUUUAUUGAAAGAAAAUACAAAUAACGGUCGUCCGCAACCGUUGCUCCAGGAACCUCAUUUUGGAUCACGACCGCAACCAUACAGUGCAUAUCCAGGGGAUCAGAUGCGACCAUUUGACGAUAUAUCUCCAGGAUAUGGAGACACUUUUCCGACAGAGGCAUUUAGAAAGGGCAGCACUCCAGCAGCAAUUACAGCAGAACAGAGAAAUACUCAAUUCCAGCAACCUGGUGCUGUGUUAAUGGUGUACGGCCUGGAUCCGCUACGCACGAACGCAGAUAAAUUAUUUAAUUUGAUGUGCUUGUAUGGAAAUGUUGUUCGGAUCAAAUUCUUAAAAUCCAAAGAAGGUACAGCUAUGGUUCAAAUGGGAGACAGUGUUGCAGUAGAAAGAUGUGUUCAAAAUCUCAACAAUAUAAACAUCGGUAUUACUGGAGCAAUUCCAGUAACACAUCGUUCCAAUGCACCUGAUGCAAUGCAAGAAGACGAUGAUCACCAAAAAGAACACAAAUUACAAUUAGCAUUCAGCAAACAACCAUAUCUCAGCGAAGUAACAAAUCCGUAUCCACUACCUGAUAAAUCUCCUUCUUAUAAGUUGUACAUUAGCAAUAAAAAUAAUCGAUUCAUGAACCCUGCCAUGGCAAGCAAGAACAGAAUUCAACCACCCAGUAAGAUUUUGCACUUUUUUAAUACACCUCCACAAGUAACAGAAGAGGACCUAUUUAAAGUAUUCGAAGAGUAUGAUGUAACGCCGCCAAAAGCUGUUAAACUGUUCCCCAUGAAAUCAGAACGUUCCAGUUCCGGUCUCUUGGAAUUUGAAAAUAUUACCGACGCUGUAGCGGCAGUGAUGGCAUGUAAUCAUGCAGCCAUUGAAAGUCCAGGAAUGAAAUUCCCCUUUAUCAUGAAACUCUGCUUCUCAUCGUCACGUAGCAUGACCAUUAAAAAUGGAGAUAGUACCACCGAUCAAGCUGGUGAAAAAAAUGAGUAAUUGCGUAAAACCAUGCAUAUAAUUUUAGUCUUUACAUAUCCUUUCCAUAAAUUGUUUAAAGUGUUACGAUUAAUGUUAAGUUAAAGUUUUAGUACCUUUUCGAUUGUUUGUGACAAAAAUCUCAUCGACCAAUGUCUCGAUUUAAAUAUUGUUUGUAAUAUUGACUAAUUUACCUGCCAAUAACCCUAGGUAAUAUUUAAAAAUAUUAUUUACGAUACUGUUCAAAAUAUUUCUUAAAAAAUGUAAAAAAGUACCUAAACAACUAGUUUACGUACAGCAUACAACGUAUUUACAGAUAUACAGACUGUAAUAAUAUACGAAUUUUUAUUUUUGUAUGAAUAUAAUUCUCCUCCUAUGCGGUGUAGGAUUGGAAUGUAUUAACAAAAUAUAUUGUAGAUACAACGGUCAAACAAAAACUAAGUAAGUACAACUUAUUGUAAAUUAAGUUGCUUCUAAUAAAUAUGCUUUUUCAAACUAAUAUUUUUUCUGAAACUUAGUUAUAGAAUGUAUACCUAAAACUUAACCACGAUGAUAUUUUAAACAUAAGAAAUUGAUACCUUUUAUAAGAAACUUUUGAUUUUUGUUUCCAGUCAUGUUAUUCUACUUUUUAAACUGGACUGUGUGUUUUAUUUAUAUUAUGACGUUUAUACUAAAUAUUUCAUGGUUAGUUCGGAGUCUAGAUUGCCCAAUUCACUCUGAGUCCUUCAUUUUUUUUUCAAGACGAACUAACAUGACAUUCUGCUCCUGACGUUUUUGCUCUUUAGAAGAAAUGCUUCACGUUUGGAUUUAGGAAAUUCUCUUUUCCAGUACUUAUCAACCUAAAGUAUCUAUAAACAUCUAUAUAUCGAAAAGCACAUGGAGCUGUAUCGAUAAAUUUCAUAAAAGCAUCAUUUAUUAGUCCUAUUUCACUCUCGUACGCUAUUUUGACCGGUUGUUCUCCAGGAUGAUUGUUAUUUUGACCCCCUUAGUACAGUUUUGUACCUUUCACCUCCCGAUUGUUUAGGGUUGUAGUUGCAAAUUUUACUGCUUUUUGUGAGUACUUCCCAUAGAUGGAUUCCGUUUGUCAGCCUGUAUUAGAGUAUCUACUGUACAAAUGUACACAUCAGUUUUUUCUCGAAAAGUAAGAGGAAUUUUCUGUCAUAUUCCUGGGCUUUUUGAGCUUCGGAUAACAUUGCUGUGGAUCAGUUUUUGCUGUUUUCUGAGGAGUACUUAAAACAUUCUCUAAAAAGAUGACUCUCCGGAGUUUGUGGCAAUCUUGAAGCAGUUUUGUUAGUUUUUGAGCUCUACAUUUUUAUUUUUAUUAAUUUCCAUGAGUAUGAGUGAAUGAGAGGUCCGUACCUAUAGAGUUCCCAACGUAGGUAUAAAGCCCAAUUGCCAUGCAGGUUUGGUACGAUACAAUAAGCCUUAACUUAAAUAAUAUGCAAGAUACUAGUGUACUCUUAGUCCUGGCAGCGUUUAUUCAAUGAUAAUUAUAAAAUUAUUUGAUAUUUUUUCUACAGUUCGCAUAUAAAUAAUCUUGUGUAUUUUAAGUUUUUAAAUUAAGAGUAUAAAAUAAAUUUCUCCAUCGAUAUUAACAUUUUCUAAUAAUUAUUGUAGACUGUAAGUUGUGUCCCUUAGGCACUAUUUGGGAUCUAUUAAGAAAGAAUAACAUAUUUUUCAUCAUAUUCAAAAAAUUGUCUAUAAACCAAUUAGUGUAUAAAACCAUAUACUACAUAUUAAUUUUGUGAUAAUGACCAAUAAAUGAUUAAAUCUAUAAUCAAAACGUCAAUAUAAUGCUACUUAAGAUUUUUAAAAAUUAUUUACUAAUUUACUAAAAAAUGGCAAAAUGAAAUUUUGUGCCAAAGAAUAAAAUAGAAAAAGUAUGUACAUAUAUAAAAAUCACUCGAGUUAACAUUGUAAAUUUCAAUGUUUAUACAUUGGUCUCUGAGGGGUUAUUGACAGGUAAACAAUAUUUUUGUAUUUCCUUUAAAGUUAAGGUAUUUCUUAUCUUUAGUAUUACAUAUCCUAUUUAAGAAAAUACUCUUGAGAAAUAAAUGUGGAGAAAUAGCGC